AAAAAGAACCCCUCCAAAACAAUGUCUCCCCCCCAGAAAUACACCAUCCCCCCAGAAUACCAAUCCCAACUAACCUACCACCCCUGCCCCGACACGCGCAGCGACGCCGAAAUCCUCUCAACCCUCUCAACCUACCGCCCAAUAACCUCUGAAAAAAACAUCUGGGCGUACUGGCAUUCCGGCCUGCACUCGAUGCCCCCCUGGUGCCAGCGCAACGUAGCAUCGUGGGUGCGCAUGCACAGCUCCACAAACUGGACCAUCCGCGUCCUCGACAGCACGCCCGCGUCCCCAAACUACUUCCUCAACUACGUUUCCGGCGAUCAUCUUCCCGACGCGUUUGUCGGGGGGACUAUGGACGGGCCGUAUGUGGGGCCGCAUAGUGCGGAUAUGCUACGGGGAGCGUGUUUGUUUGCGCAUGGAGGGGUUUUUAUGGAUGUUGGGAUUCCGAUUGUUAGGGGCGUUGAGAGGGUUUGUUGGGGGGUGUUGGAGAGCGAGGGGAAUGGGUUCGAGGUUGCUGCGCCGUGGGUUUAUGGGACGCAUGUUGGGAAUCAUUUUGUUGCUGCGAGGAAGGGGAGUGAGUUUAUAAGGCGGUGGCACAAACUCUUCACCCACCUCUGGCAAAACCACACAAACUCGACCGGACUAAUGCAACACCCACUCAUGACCAUCCUCUCCACACUCCCACCCCCAUCCCCAACGCGCCCCUCGAAAUUCCAAUGGGACAUCAGCCAGCCCGCCGCAAAAGUAGACGAAUACGUCACGCAAGUGCAAUGCUGGAACCGCCUCUGCCACCUGUCAUCGACCCCCUCGGACCCCUUCAGCGGCGCCGACUACUGGUCGACCAAAGUCCUGCUGUGGGACGGGCUGCUGGAAACGUGGGGGGCGGAAACGACGCUGGGGUUUAAGGGGUGCGGGAGGAAAAUGUACGAGUACUUUAGCAUGAAGGUCGAUGGGGAUGAGAUGUAUAAACAGAGUGCGAAGUAUAAAGAUGCCGAGAGGGUGGUGUGGAGGUUGUUGGCCAAGUCGAGCAUGCAGAAGGUUUUUCGCGGGAAGGCGUUGACGGUUGAUAAGGAGUUGGGGGAGCUGUGGGAUGAGGAUGAUCAAGGGAGGGAUUGCGGGGUCGGGACUUUUGGGGAGCUGUUUCGGUGGGGGUGUGAGAAUUUUUGGCAGACGAGGGACGGGGUCGAGGUUGUUGGGGCGCCGAGGCCGGGGGUUACGUUUGAGAAGGGGUUGUUGGAGGUGUAA